ACAAGCGUCACAUGCGUGAUAAAUAUAAAAUAAAUAUAUAAAAAGUAAAUAUAUCAUUUAUUUUAGACAGUACUAUAAAACUGGAUGCACAAUGAAAAACGGGCAAUAGGAACAGAAUUUCCAACGCGUUGGAUUUCCAUUUUCUAUUGCCUGUAUACAUACCUAACCUAACCUAACCAAUUAGCUAAAAUCAAAUCACCGUGAUUGGUCAGACAGGCAACAGAGAAUAGAAAUAUCCAACGCGUCGGAAGUCGGAAAUUCUGUUCCUGUUGCCUGUGUUUUUCAAUGUGCAUCCAGCUUAAAUAAUGAUUGAAAAAUCCAUUUCAAAAAAUUCGUUUCACGUGGCCCGUUUAUCAUGUGUCGUGUGUCAUGUGUUUUUUUUUUUCUUUUUUUUUUCUCGACGAGUUGAUGCGUUCCCAAACUUAUCGGAAUCACGCGCAUGUCGAAAUCUCAAUUCCCAUCUAUAUUCCCGUUGCUAUAUGAAUACGACAUAUUUAGUUGAUUGACCAAUCAACGAAAGGCAUUCAAAAUUUUGAAAAACCGUUUGACGAUGCUGCGGAGCUUCACUGUUAUUCACGGUUUCCAACUUCCAACGUCGUUGAUCACGCUGGUUGACGUCGAUUGACUCUCAUCUUGCUCAGUCUCGCUGGAGAAAACCGGAAUAAAAGUGUCAACUAUGCUCAGAGCGGACAACGAUGAGACUCGUCGUCAAUUAGCUACGCAUGCAUUGAAAGCAGUUAGCAGUUUCAAGUGCUUGCACAUUUCCGAAAAGUUAGUAAAAGACGUCGCAACAUCACAACGUGUGGAAAGUACAAGUGACGAUGGGGAAAAUGCUUGCAAAGUCGAUGCAAGGUCUAUGACAAAUACCAAAAACGAAAAUGAAUGUAAAGAGACCGCGAAGAAAUCUAUGGAACUGAUGCCACCACCGAAAUUACCAGUAGCAUGUAAAUCGGUAGAUUCUGCCCAAGAUCAACAAAAGCCCAAAAGUGAAAACAGCGGAGGAGUAAGAGAUAACAAGAGUGAAAAUGCUCAGAAAGUCUCCAGUACAGAUACGAGUAGUGCGAACAAGGAGAAAAGCCAAAAGAAAUGGAUAUUGACAGAUUUCGAUAUCGGCCGACCUCUGGGCAAAGGAAAAUUUGGUAAUGUGUACUUAGCCAGAGAGAAAAGAUCAAAAUUUAUAAUAGCCAUGAAGGUGCUUUAUAGAUCGCAAAUAGAAGACGCGAAAAUCUCACAUCAAGUACGGAGAGAAAUAGAAAUCCAAACCCAUUUGAGGCAUCCAAAUAUUUUGAGGAUGUAUGGAUAUUUUUAUGAUGACAAACGAAUUUAUUUAAUAUUAGAAUACGCACCAAAAGGUGAACUUUAUAAAGAACUGAGUAAUCAACCCAAUAAACGAUUUGACGAAGUAAGGACAGCCACUUAUAUAGCUCAAUUAGCAGAUGCGUUAAAGUAUUGCCACAGCAAGAGCGUCAUCCAUCGUGACAUUAAACCUGAAAAUUUACUCCUUGGAGUAAACGGAGAAUUGAAAAUAGCCGAUUUUGGAUGGUCGGUACACGCUCCUUCCUCUCGAAGAGACACUUUAUGCGGCACCUUGGAUUACUUGCCGCCUGAAAUGGUAUCUGGGAAAACGCAUAAUCAUACAGUUGACUUUUGGAGCGUUGGAGUGUUGUGUUACGAAUGCUUGGUUGGCAAGCCUCCUUUUUAUGCGGCAACUAACGAUGAAACUUAUGUAAACAUAAAAAGAUUGCGAUAUACAUUUCCGAGUUUUGUUAGCCAAGAUGCAAGAGAUUUAAUUUCAAAGCUAAUAGUUAUUGAACCUGAAAAGAGAUUAGAUAUGGACGGCGUUCUUGCACAUCCUUGGAUUGUAAAAAAUUUCAAAACAGAUGAGGCAUAAAAUCUUCAAUCCUAAACAAUAUCUAAUUAUGUUAAGAACCUACAUAAGUAUUGUAAUAAAUAAAUGUAUUGUAAUUUUUGACUAUCGUAAAUCAACAGAAGAUGGCGAUGCAUCCAUAUUAUUAUGUAUUCGAAAUAUUCCUUUAUACAUAUAUAGAGAGGAUUUUGGGAUACGAGCUUAAUAUUUAAGUUUUAGCUUAUACCUUUGUCGAACGAGAAGCGAUUUAUUGAAACGAUAUGAAAUAUGUCACGAUAACGUUGCCAUAUUUUUUUAUAUUUCCACGAUAUGUUUCCUGCUUUAAUUGAUUGAAUCGGUAUGAGUCAAAUGUGAUUGUAGCUACGAGUAGGGAAUGUAUGAAAAAUUUGUAUUGAAAGUAUUCAAGUAGAGCAUAACAAAGAACUCACAAGAUUGAUUUUAUUUUGAAACACAUUUAUUUGUACACGUAAUUAAAGUUACACAUACAAUAAAAAAAAGGUGAUUAUUGUUAAACGUAA